GUAAUUGAUUUAAAAUGGAAAAAAGGAAACGAAACUAAAAUUCAAAAAGGUCGGAUGAAUCGGAUCAUUCCAUACUUCAUGUAGUCACUAAAGUCAUCAAUUUCGGUUCUUGUUUACCAAAUUAAGCGAAUCGAGUGGUCUUUGUUGUCGCACCACGGCACCAGCUUUCUUCUUUUUCAUAAAGGGGAAAAAGGUUAAAUUCAUGCCUGGAGCAAAAACUAUGGUAUGUUUUAAGAUAAUUUAGACUGAACAGAAAGAAUAAAAGAACAAAACAUCGACGGAAGUUCGCUGAUCGCCGCCGCCGCUCAUUGCUUCGCCAGCUUUCGCCCCCUCACCGCUCACUGCCAAUCGUCUGCCCCCAGAUGCUCCUUCCCCACCCUCACCCCUUAUCAUUUCUAUGGCUCCACCCGAACCACGCGAUUCAGGUUGCAGUUUUCACAAAUACAUGUGCGAGGAAUACCCCGCCUUUUGAAGAUCAUUUUGGGAUGAGUUAGGUACAAUCUUAUGCUCCCAGGUUGUUCUUCUCUUGCUUGCUCCGGAUAUUUUUCUAGAAAGAUCGGUUCUGUAAUCCAAAUCUGAAGUAUAAAGGUGUACAAAACAAUUAAAAUCAUUUAUCAUACAAAAAAAUGUGUAGAAGCCCUGUUGGGCUUCAUCAACGCCUAUUGAUAAUCCGUUUCCAAUUCUCAAAUGUUUGCUCAAGAAUUCUUCGUCUAGUAACCCUAGGAGGUGCAAAGAUGUUGGGGUGCAAAUGUUUAUCCUGGACCCAAGUUGCCUGUUUCUCUAAGCAGGAACAACAAACUUUCUCUUUACCGGCGCCAAUUCCUGAAUGGCCCCAAGGUCAAGCUUGGAAAAAAUCUGUGCACUGCUUAGUUCAUCCAACAACAAUUCUAUGACUGGGAUUGGAAAUUUAUCAGGGACAGGGUUUGGUACUGGAAUAAUUAGAUUGGGUGAGAUAGAGGUUUGUCAGAUUAUCAAAUUUGAGUUUGUUUGGGGAAGCAACUUUUCAUCAUACAGUGGUGGUAGGCAAGGGGUUAGCUUCUAUAAACCAACUGGAUUACCACAAGGAUUUUUCAACCUUGGUUAUUAUGCACAACCUAAUGCCAACCCUUUGCAAGGUUUUGUUCUAGGGGCUCGUGCAGUUUCCAAAUCAAAUCAUGGGGAUUAUUCCCCCCCUCUACGAGAUCCCGAGGAUUACACGUUAGUUUGGUGUUCAAAUGAUGGAACAGAUGAUGAGUUUGAUGGGUCGGGAUACUUCUGGCUACCUCAACCACCCGAAGGCUAUAAAUCUUUGGGCUUUGUGGUGACCAACAAACCCGCCAAGCCUGAACUAUGUGAGGUCAAAUGUGUCCGAGAUGACCUCACAGAUCCUUGUGAAACCCACCACGUGAUGCUGAAAACAUAUUCUAAGUUUUCCCAAACACCUAUUUUAGUUUGGAACACGAGACCUUGUUAUAGAGGAAAGCAGGGUAGAGGUGUUUCGGUGGGCACAUUUGUUUGUAGUGAGUAUUUGAGCUUGAGGGAAGAGUUAGGUGUUGUUUGUUUGAAGAACUUUGAUGACGCUCUCCAUGCAAUGCCAAAUCUUGAUCAGAUACAUGCACUCAUAAGGCAUUAUGGUCCAACUGUCUUUUUCCAUCCCGAUGAGGUCUAUCUCCCCUCUUCUGUUUCUUGGUUCUUUGAAAACGGAGCAUUGCUCUGCAAGAAAGGUGAUGGAAGUGAGACCAUUGACCCCGAAGGUUCCAAUUUACCUGCAGGUGGGACAAAUGACGGGGAAUAUUGGAUUGAUUUGCCUAGAGAUAGUCGUAGAGGUACACUCAAGCAGGGGAAUAUACGGAGUGCAAAACUUUAUGUUCAUGUAAAGCCGGCUAUGGGUGGUACAUUUACUGAUAUAGUAAUGUGGAUCUUUUGUCCCUUCAAUGGGCCAGCUACCCUUAAGGUCGGGGUACUAAAUUUUGUUUUGGGAAAAGUCGGUCGGCAUGUGGGGGAUUGGGAGCAUUUCACGCUUAGACUGAGCAAUUUCACUGGAGAGCUGCAGAGCAUAUACUUCUCACAACAUAGCGGGGGCGAAUGGGUAAACAUAUACAAUCUAGAAUUCAUUGAAGGGAAUAAAGCCGUCAUAUACUCAUCCAAACAUGGCCAUGCCAGCUAUCCUCAUCCGGGGGUAUACAUCCAAGGAUCCUCUGCGCUCGGGGUUGGUAUCAGGAAUGAUGCUUCCCGUAGUAAUUACUAUGUGGAUUCAAGCGUUUGUUAUGAAAUUGUUUCAGCAGAGUAUCUUGGGAACGGGGUUGUUAUCGAGCCGUGCUGGUUGCAAUAUAUGAGGGAGUGGGGUCCAAGGAUUGUGUAUGAUUCGAUGGGCGAAGUUGAUAGAAUUAGCAAUGUUUUGCCUAUGUCACUUGGAGUUUCUGUGCAGAGUAUUUUCAAUAAGUUGCCAGGGGAACUGUGUGGGGAAGCAGGUCCUAGCGGGCCGAAGGAGAAGAACAAUUGGAUGGGUGAUGAGAGAUGGUGACUUUAUAUUAUGCUUUCCCCAUUGUAUAUAGGGUAGCUCUUUCCAUUUCACAGUAGAUCGGGUUAGCUAAUUUAACAAAGUGUUGGUGUAUAUUAUUCCUCACUUUAACUGAACUGAAGAGCCUAUGAAACUGGGAUGAGUAAUUUUAGCUCAAAUACUCAUCAAUCCAUUGUGUUCAUAUAAUAGUCAUUGUCUGAAGAGAAAAGAAUAAAUGGAACAAAUCUUUGCCCAUCUUGCUACUGGAA